AUGGCGUCUUAUAUCCACCCACUCGACCGGCGCCGGUAUAUCCCCUUGACACCCUCCCCAUUGAACCCCAACACAUUUCUCGACAUCGAGCUGGACAUCGAUGAUGCCCAAGAACAAAACGAGCAGCCACAACGCCAACACCACUCACGGCGAGAGAGCAAUAUAAGCUCAAGACGAACUAAAUCUCACCCUGGCGCCAACCCAUCCAGCAAUCGCAACGCCAAGAGCAAUCCACAGACUCUCGCACAACGCUACGCGGCACUAGCCAGCGAGAGUCCAACGCAGCGGCUUCUCCGCCAAAAGGCCGCUGCCGCCUGGCGC